GAGAGGAUACUAAAUUGACUGGUGCCUGAGAGGGAUAACGUAAGGAACCGGGUAUAAAAACCUUCGAACCAAUCAUGAGCCUGAGUGUUCUACGGAGCCGGCAGACUUCGCUUUUGUUCAGGCAGUGUAGACUUUUGAUCAAAAACGUUCGCUGUUCGUCUGAAAUGGCCCAUUUUCCGAUGCAAACGACUACUAAAAUCGAGCCCCCAAAGGCUCUUCUAAAGCCGUUAGCGCCACAUCCAAAAUUGUUAUUCGGACCUGGACCUUCGAAUCCAAAUGCGAGAAUAUACAACGCGGCGGCAAUGCCAAUGUUAGGACAUUUUCAGAAGGAGUUUCACAAUAUUCUUGACGAAAUCAAGGCAGGGUUACAAUAUGCAUUCCAAACGAACAACGAAUACACACUUGUCUUCACUGGAGCCGGGCAUACGGGCAUGGAAGGAUCGAUGAUGAACAUUGUCGAGCGAGGAGAGACGUUUCUGGUCUGUGAAAAUGGAAUGUGGGGGAUGCGAGCCAAGGAUAUCGCCGAUCGACAAGGGCUUGAUGUCAGAGUGAUUAAGAAGACUCCUGGGGAGGCCUUUACUCUUGAAGAUAUAGAGGCCGCGCUCAAAGAACAUAAACCAGCUGCCAUGUUCAUCACUCACAGCGAGUCAUCAACAGGCGUGUGUCAGCCACUUGAGGGUGUUGGUGCUCUUUGCCACAAGUACAACUGUCUGGUCAUCGCUGACACAGUAGCAUCCUUGGGCGGCACCCCAUUCUUCACCGACGACUUGGAGCUUGAUGUGGUGUAUACUGGUUCACAAAAGGUGUUUGGAUGUCCACCCGGCAUCUGUCCAAUCACAUUCAGCCCAAGGGCAAUUGAGAAAGUGCGAAACAGGAAGACCAGAGUACCAUCAUUCUAUCUGGACAUCUUGGAAAUUGGUAACUACUGGGGGUGUGACGAGGGAGCUCGGCGGUACCAUCAUACCGCACCCAUCAACCUGCUGUAUACACUGAGGGAGAGCUUGGCUCAGCUAGCAGAAGAGAGCCUUGAGAGUUGUUGGAAGAGACAUCAUGACAACGCUGAGCUUUUCUGGAAAGGAAUUGAGGACUUGGGACUUAAGAUGUUUGUCAAAGAUAAAAAUCUUCGUCUGCCGACCCUGAACACCAUUGAGAUCCCCCCUGAUUUCCCGAACUGGAAAGGUGUGCUGGAUUACCUCAUGAGCACUUAUCACUUUGAGAUUGUUGGCGGAAUGGGCCCUACUGUUGGCAAGGUGUGGCGUAUUGGGAUGAUGGGUUUCAAUAGUCACAAGGAGAAUGUGCCGGCAGUCCUACGGCUGUUCAAAGAGGCCCUGGACGCUACCAAGCAGUCUGCCGGAAAAUGAUCUGGCAAGGUGCUCCCCAGCCUGGCCAGUGAAGACCUAGUUACAUCCUUAUUGUAACAUAGCUUCAGGCCUUGGAAAAUUUAUAAUCAGUAGAAUGUUCAUAUGUAGUAAAUAGGUAGAUGUUUUUAAAUGAUCCUUCAAUUUCGGCAUAAAAUGCCUGGUGUAUAUGAUUAAUCAUUUUACCUCGGUUUUAUUGUUAUUAUUAUUAUUUAGCUCUUUGAAUUUUGAAAUUUCAAAUAGAUUAUACAUAAUCAAUAAAUGUUUUGCUUAGCCUUGAAAAUUCAUCCUGUACAUAAUAUCUAGUCUUUUAAGGUAUAUAAUAAUGUAGUAGCUGGUAAUAUUUGUAAAGAUUAAAUAUCUAUCAGAAAUUGGUUAUAUUGUUAGUAGGUGCAUAAAAUAAAGGGUUAUUAGGUAGCAUGUAA